GGCUGCUGAGGACAGGGGCUGGGCCUGGGUCUCCAGCAGUGGGGCCUGGUCUUUCUGCACCAUCUGGGCCUGUGCCCCACCCCAACCCCGCAAGAGGAGAGGGGACCGAACGGGUGUGGUGCGAUACCCUGCAGCCUCUCCUCUUAGACCAAGUGAGCAGGUCCUGGGGCUGAGGCCUGGCUGAAGAGGCUCCCCGGCCCCAGGCUGGCCAGGAGCCCCCGCUCACGCUGGCUGUCCCCACAUCUUGCAGCCUGCAGCACCAGGGGUUGGUGGCGCCAUGGCCCAGGCCCUGGGCGAGGACCUGGCGCAGCCCGGCGAGCUGCAGGAUGACUCCAGCUCUUUGGGGUCCGACUCAGAGCUGAGCGGGCCUGGCCCAUAUCGCCAGGCUGACCGCUACGGCUUCAUUGGGGGCAGCGCAGCAGAGCCAGGGCCGGGUCACCCUCCUGCAGACCUCAUCCGCCAGCGGGAGAUGAAGUGGGUGGAGAUGACUUCACACUGGGAGAAAACCAUGUCUCGGCGGUACAAGAAGGUAAAGAUGCAGUGCCGGAAAGGCAUCCCCUCAGCCCUGCGGGCCCGGUGUUGGCCCCUUCUGUGCGGGGCUCACGUGUGUCAGAAGAACAACCCUGGCACUUACCAGAACCUGGCUGAGGCCCCAGGAGACCCGCAGUGGAUGGAAACCAUCGGCAGGGACCUGCACCGUCAGUUCCCGCUGCAUGAGAUGUUUGUGUCACCCCAGGGUCAUGGGCAGCAGGGGCUCCUGCAGGUACUGAAGGCCUACACCCUGUACCGGCCGGAGCAGGGCUACUGCCAGGCCCAGGGCCCUGUGGCCGCUGUGCUGCUCAUGCACCUGCCCCCGGAGGAGGCCUUCUGGUGCCUGGUACAGAUCUGCGAGGUUUACCUCCCCGGCUACUACGGGCCCCACAUGGAGGCUGUGCGGCUGGACGCCGAGGUGUUCAUGGCCCUGCUGCGACGGCUGCUCCCUCGUGUGCACAAACACCUGCAGAAGGUGGGCGUCGGGCCCCUGCUCUACCUGCCCGAGUGGUUCCUGUGUCUCUUCGCCCGCUCCCUGCCCUUCCCCACGGUGCUGCGUGUCUGGGACGCUUUUCUUAGCGAGGGUGUGAAGGUGCUGUUCCGCGUGGGGCUGACCCUGGUGCGCCUAGCGCUGGGCACCACUGAACAGCGCCUGGCCUGCCCGGGGCUCCUGGAGACGCUCGGCGCCCUUCGAUCCAUCCCGCCUGCCCAGCUGCAAGAAGAGGUCUUCAUGCCCCAGGUGCACGGCGUGGCCCUGUCCGAACUGGAGCUGCAGCGGGAGAUCAAGGCCCAGCUGGCCCAGCUGCCAGCAUCAGCAUCCGAGCCACCCCCGAGGCCGCAGGCCCGCCUGCCCGGGGCCCCGGCCAUCUUUGAGACCCAGCAGCUGGCAGGAACCCAGGGGGCCCCCCGGCCCGAGGUGCCCCGCAUCGUGAUACAGCCCCCAGAGGAGCCCCAGCCACCCCGGCGCAAGCCCCAGACCCGAGGCAAGACUUUCCAUGGGCUGCUGACCCGGUCCAGGGGCCCCCCUAUCGAGAGCCCCGCCAGGUCCCAUCGAAGCUCCACCUCCUUCCUGGACACCCGAUUCUGAGGGUAGGUCCCGCUUUUGAGGGUACCACGGACUCAGGGUCCCCCUGAUCCCAACUGCCUGAACAGUGGAUGCUGGCCUCGACGUGGGCACCGCACUUAACAGCUGGGGUUGGGUGCCUCGCUCCUUUCCCAUGGACUGCCUCAGGCCUGAGGAGGAUGGAAGGCUGCAGAGUGGGGUUUGGAGAACCCAGGCCACCCUCCACCCACAGGGCUGCCCCGGUGCUUGGGCCCUUGCACGCAUCAGGCUCGCACUGGAGGUGUGCGCGAGAAAGGGCAUGGGCUGGGCCACGGGGACCCCAAAAGGCUCCUGAGGGGUCUGGAAUAAAGUCUGAACAGAAGCC